AUGAUUGUGAUUGAUGAAUUACCUUUCAAGUUUGUUAAAAGUGAAGGCUUUAAGAAAUUUAUGUUUGUGGCAUGUCCUAGGUUUCAUAUUCCUUCACGAACUACUAUGACUAGGGAUGUUUAUCAACUGUAUUUAGAUGAAAGGGUCAAGAUAAAACAACUUUUGAAAAGUUCUUGUUCUAGAGUUUGCUUAACUACUGACACAUGGACUUCUUUUCAAAGAGUUAAUUAUUUGUGUAUCACUGCUCACUUUAUUGAUAACGAUUGGAAAUUGAAUAAAAAGAUUUUAAACUUUUGUCCAAUUUCUAGUCAUAAGGGUGAGUCCAUUGGGAUGAUGAUUGAGAAAUGCUUGUUGAAUUGGGGGAUUGAUAAGUUGUUUACUAUUACUGUUGAUAAUGUAAGUUCAAAUGAUGUUGCUAUUGGUUAUUUGAGAAAGAAAUUUAACCCUCGAGGGGGUUUAGUUCAAAAUGGUAAAUAUCUUCAUAUGAGAUGCAUGGCACACAUUGUGAAUUUGAUUGUUGUUGAAGGCUUAAAAGAAAUGAAUAAAUCUGUUGAACGUGUUAGGGGGGCUAUUAGACAUGUGAGACAAUCUCCAGCUAGAUUACAAAAGUUUAAGGAGUGUGUUGUGGUGGAAAAGAUAGAGUGCAAGAAGAUGUUGUGUCUUGAUGUUUGUACUAGGUGGAACUCGACCUACUUAAUGUUAGACACUGCUCAAAACUUUGAGAGAGCUUUUGAGAGAUUUCAGGAGCAAGAUACAAACUUUAGGGCUGAACUUGAAAGGGGAGAGAGUUGGCCUAGUGUGGAUGAUUGGGCUAAUGUUAGAGACUUGAGGGAUUUCUUGGAACACUUUUACGAAGUCACUUUGAGUAUAUCUGGCACUUCAUAUGUCACAUCCAAUAAUUUUUUUGAUGAGCUUUCUGAAAUUGAUAUUCUUUUACGAGAUGCUCAGUUAAAUAGUAAUGUUGAUUUCAAUGUUUUGGCCAUCAAGAUGAAAGAGAAGUAUGAUAAGUAUUGGGGUGAUAUUGAUAAGAUGAAUUUGCUUAUGUUUGUUGCUUGUGUUUUAGAUCCUAGACAAAAACUAAAGUAUCUUAAAUUUGCACUUAGUGAAAUGUCUAGUUCUGAAAAAGCUUCUAAAAUGAUGCAAAGUUGA